CCUACACAGGAUAUAUCCCGCGGAGGGGCUGGGGAGCAGGGUUCCAGGGCCGGCGACGCUGGGCGCACCUGGAGGACGGUGAGUGCGGCAGAGCCUUGAAGCACGGCCAUGGACCCUGUGGGGGCAGCAGACCCCUUCGCGCCCCCCGGUCCUUUGACUCACCUGAGCCUGCGGGACAGCUCAGAGGCGAGGCUGCAGAUCGGAGCCGACGGGCGGAGCCUCCAGGACAGCUGGACCAGGUCGUGCGCAGAGCCCACCACCGUCCUGAGGGAGGGCGUGCGCCGGGGCCUGCAGCAGCAGUGUGAGCAAACGGUACGCAUCCUGCAUGCCAAGGUGGCCCAGAAAUCCUAUGGCAAUGAGAAGCGGUUCUUCUGCCCCCCGCCAUGUGUCUACCUCACAGGUCCAGGCUGGAGGGUGAAGCCAGCGCCGGGCCAAGCCCACCAGGCGGGGGAGACCGGGCCCACCGUCUGCGGUUACAUGGGACUGGACGGCGCGUCCGGCAGCGCAGCCGAGACGCAGAAGCUCAAUUUCGAGGAGCAGCCAGACUCCAGGGAAUUCGGCUGCGCCAAGACCCUGUACAUCUCGGACGCAGACAAGAGAAAGCACUUCCGACUGGUGCUGCGGCUGGGGCUGCGAGGGGGCCGGGAGCUGGGCCCCUUCCACAGCCGCCUCAUCAAGGUCAUCUCCAAGCCCUCGCAGAAGAAGCAGUCGCUGAAGAACACCGACCUGUGUAUCUCCUCGGGCUCCAAGGUCUCCCUCUUCAACCGCCUACGCUCCCAGACGGUCUCCACGCGCUAUCUCUCUGUGGAGGACGGGGCCUUUGUGGCCAGUGCAAGACAGUGGGCUGCCUUCACGCUCCAUCUGGCUGAUGAGCACUGUUCCGAAGGGGACUUCCCACCCCGAGAGGGCUACGUUCGCUAUGGCUCCCUGGUGCAGCUAGUCUGCACUGUCACCGGCAUCACGCUACCUCCUAUGAUCAUCCGCAAAGUAGCCAAGCAGUGCGCACUCCUCGACGUGGACGAGCCCAUCUCCCAGCUGCACAAGUGCGCGUUCCAGUUUCCAGGUGGUGCCCCAGGAGGGGGUGGCACCUACUUAUGCCUCGCCACCGAGAAGGUGGUGCGAUUUCAGGCCUCGCUCUGCCCAAAGGAGGCGAACAGGGCACUGCUCAACGACAGCUCCUGCUGGACCAUCAUCGGCACCGAGUCAGUGGAGUUCUCCUUCAGCACCAGCCUGGCUUGCACCCAGGAGCCCGUCACUCCCGUGCCCCUCAUCAACACCCUGGAGGAACUCCCCCUGGCUCCUGGAUCCACUCUCUCCCAGCUGAGCGGCGGGGGCGAUGUGGCCACACUGGAGCUCCACGGAGAGAACUUCCAUGCAGGACUCAAGGUGUGGUUUGGGGACGUGGAGGCAGAAACCAUGUACAGGUAUGAGGAGCCCGCGGUCCCUGGUGUGCGUGGUGCCGGAUGUGGCCGCUUUCGGCAGCGACUGGCGCUGGCUGCGCACGCCCAUCACGGUGCCCCUGAGCCUCGUGCGCGCCGACGGGCUCUUCUACCCCAGCGCCUUCUCCUUCACCUACACGCCCGAGUACAACGCGCGGCCCAGUGCCCCCGGUGCCCCUGAGCCGGCCACAGACGCCGACACGCUCCUGGAGAGCAUCCACCACGAGUUCACACGCACCAACUUCCACCUCUUCAUCCAGACCUAGGCCGCCUUGGCGCCUGCAGCUCUGCUCAGGUCUGAGCUCGGCCUGCGUCGGGUCCUAGGCCCUCCGCCCAGCCCUUUGCUGCAGUAGGACAGUGGACAGCAGAUAGCUGUCCAAAGAAACCCAGCCGCGAGGGUCUUACCUGUCACUCACUCGCCCGUAUACAUGCAGAAAGCCACAUGGACAGUUGACAAUGCUUUCUUUGUGUCACGUGCGUGGCUGUCUGUCUCCACCAUUUUUCUCUAUCUCUGCCCCUCUCUUGGUCUCUGCUUCAAUAACUUCAUCUGUGGA